UUUCAAUUCUAGCUUGAUUUUCAGCCCGAAGGUCAAUAAAAUAAAAAACGAAAAAUAGUUUUUCAUAAAUUGAGACAAUUUUCUUUAAAGCCAAAAUAAAAUUAAGAAAAAUUAUUAAGAUAUACGAGAGCUAUUCGUUAAUAUGAGUAAUUAUAUGGAUUCUAAGACUGCAAAUGCAAGCGGUUCCUCACCACAGCAACAAAAUAUAAUUUCCUUUAAAAGUAACGUAACAAACAAAAUUACAAAAAAAAUUAUAGGAAAAGAUGUAAAAAUAAUUUGCAGCAAUACUGGUUCAGAGCUUGAGCACGGUAGCUCAAAAGUUCGACUAAAAAAUAUUGUAGAUUAUACUUGGGAAGAAAAAAGAUAUCCAGGUCACCUAAUCGCAGUUCACAUGGAUGGCAAGCAUAUUGCUUAUGUUAUUAAAGUUAGUAAUAGACAAACGGGAGCUGAGGAAGGGAUGGUUCGCGUUGUAAAUACGACUACUAGUAAACGUGCAUUAAUUAAGGGUAUGGCUAGUGAAGUGUUAGAUGUACAGUUCGCUCAUAUUGAACGCACACAAGUAUUAGCUUGCAUAGAUUCGUCUAAUUUAUAUGUACACAAAAUCGACAUGCUUUCAGAUAACUUAAUUUGUAGUUUAUUGUUAAGAGUUGAAGAUCCUUUAGAAAAUUAUCAAGCAAAAGUCAACAAAAUUUCGUGGUGUCCCCUUUUUCCAAUAAGAGACGAUGAAUUCAGUAGCAAUUCAAAUGAUGAAGAUGAUCAAGACUCUAGUCAAUUGAUUGUGUGGUCUAGAGGAAAAGUUUUCCAGUGUUUUAAUGUUAAUAUUAUUAUUAAUUCGCAUGGUAUUGGGAAACAUAACCCGAAAGAUAUUUCUGAUGGCUACUUACAAUCGAAAGAUAAUAACACUAUUAUUACAUGGAUAUCAUUAUCACCUGACGGUACUACUCUCAGCGUUGGAAGUGAAGAUGGUUAUAUUCGAUUUUACCAAGUUUAUUUCCAUGAAAAACAACCAAGAUGCUUACACGAAUGGAAUCCCCACAAUGGUCAAUCCAUUUCUUCUUUCUUUUUCUUAGAUAAUUACAGAAAAAAAUCUUCGACAGAUACGUUUUGGAAACAUGCGUUAACUGGAGCUAAAAAUAAUACUGAGCUAAAAUUAUGGGAUUGCGGCACGUGGGAGUGUUUGCAAACUUUAUCAUUUACGUACCCAAUACCAAAUAAAAAAUCACCAUCUGCUUUGUAUUUUAAUGCAGAUAUUGAUUCCUCAUCAUCGUAUUUGGUUCUUUCAAAUAUUGAAUCACGAAAUCUGUACAUAUUGCAAAUUGGUUUUGAUAAUAAUAUAAAUGAUCAAAAAGUAAAAUCGUCGGACAACCGAAUUAAAAAAUUAAAUAAUAGUGUAAAUAUACGCGGUAUUUCUGAGUAUCCCAUCUCGUGGCCUAUAUUAAGUUUCUCUAUAGUUGACACUAAUAUUACUCAAUUGUAUACGUAUAAUAUGAAUGAAAGUUAUUUGAUGGAUGAUGUUGAUGAAUAUGAUGAAGAUAACUUAGCUAUAUCAGGGGUAGUCCUACGCUUGUUCGUUGUUCAACCAAAAAGUGUGCAAGAAUGUCUAAUAUUUUACCAACCACUCUCCGAAUUUGAUGAAAAUGACAAUUGUGACUUAAACUCAACAAGUUCUGAAAAUAAUGAAUCGGUAUUGUUGGCUGAUUUACUUGACGAACCUUUGGAUUACGCGAAAGCAUUGAAAACUGGAGAAACAAACUUAAGUUCAAGUAUAAAUGAAUCUUCAACAGGAGCAUCAACAAUAAAGAAAUCCAUAGAAGAAGUGGAUAUUAAAAAAAAACUCAACUGCUCAUCUCCAUUAAUCCAAGGUUUAUCCAAUUUUGACAAAAGUCAAGAAGAAGAAAAAAUGGCGGUUGCAGCGGCAACUGUUCCUUCUGGACAAUCACAGAAGUCGUCACAGAUCAGUUUAAUGACACCCGAAUCAUUCAGCGCUAAAUUAACCUCAACAAAUACUUCAAAAGAUAACAGCAAAAAAUCUCCGGAGUUGGUAAAUUCUGACGUUUUAUCAACAAUUUUGAUGUUAGCUAGUGUAACUGGAUCGCAAAGUACAAAAGCUCAAACAGAAAACUUAAACUUUUUGAAUUUAGUUAAUAACAAAAUAAUUGAGGAUCAGCAAAAAUUGAGAACUCAAGGAAAUGCUUCGGGUAUGCCGAUUAUUCCUUCGUCGAUUGAGGAAAAACCCAAUAACGCUGUAGUUGACUUUGGAAUGGAAGACAUAGAUAACGAAGAAGAAGACGAUGAAGAUGAUGACGAUUCCUUAACUGGAAAAAAUAAUUCUUCAUUAACUAGUGGUGGAUCGAGUCCUCCAAGUCGAGAAGUUCAAGAAAUCAUGUCAUCCAAAGAUUACGAAACAAAAUUACUUUCGCAUUUUGUAUAUAAAAUUGAAAACGCUAAUAAGGAAACUAAAGAAAAAGUAAAUAAGUUUCAAACAGCAUCUGAAAUAGCAGCUGGUGUUAUAAAUGCUUCAGUUUCUUCUGAAAAAACGCAGCAACAGCCAAUUUCCAAAAAUUCUUCUACUUCAUCAAAUAAAGUGUGUAACAACGAUGGAGUGGAUUCUAAUAAAAAAAAACUUUCUGCAACGGAUUGGCCUAAGGUUCCGGAUCUAAAAACUGUUGGUGGUCCCACAGAAAUAUUACCUUCUACACCAAAUUCAAUUCCUUUACCAUCUUUAGCGCAACCUAUGCAACCACAACAACAGCAAUCUAUUUUAAAUUCCAGCCCACAAGUUAAGUCUAAUACAAAUGUGUUAUCGUCAACACCACCUUCAACACAAGUUAUUAACAGAAUGGAUAUAACUGAACUCAACUCAAAAAUUGAUACACUAAUUCAAGUUCUUCAACUGCAGUCUACUCAAAUUAAAAAUUUAGAAAAAGAAGUUAUUGAAUUACGAAUCAAAAAUGAAAGUUCUAUUAAAGUUAAUAACACAAGUAUUCAAGACUUGAGUAGACAAACAGAAAAUCAAAUAAUAAAAAUAUUGGAAGAUUAUUUAACAAAGUUCGAUAAAGAAUAUUGCCGCAAAUAUGAAGAAUUCUUGUUUGAAACCGAAAAACAUUGUCGAGUACUUGAAGAAAAGUGGAACGUUAAAAACCAAGUAUUCUUUAAUCAAAUUGUCGAGAAGUUUUCAAACACUAUUGUUCCAGUAUUGUUAAAACGAUUAGAUGCAAUUCAGACGCAAAUGCAAGCAGAAGUGGUAAAAAAACUAAGCACGUUAGAACAAGCUUUACGUGAGACGAUCACACAUUUAUGUCGAAGUAAACCUAUUAUUGAUACUUUUGGAAAAUCAGUAUUGAUGGGGGUUCAAGGAAGCUUACAAGCAGCUUUUAUAGAAUCAAUGUCAAGUACAUUAAUACCAGCAUAUGAAAAAUCCUCUCAAAACAUGUUCAGGCAACUUCAUGAAACAUUUUCUAUUGGCAUAAAAGAAGUAAUGGAACAAUUUGAUAACUAUUUGUCACAAAUGCAACCUGUACAAGAGACUACUGACCAAAUAUUGAAUCGAAUUGGAAAACUUCGUGAGGUUCUUCACGGAAACUUAUCUAGACAAACACAAUCAAUCAAUGAUAAUUUAUUAGAGACAAAGAAAGAAAUCAAGCAACUGGAAAUAAAUUUUAUAAGACAUUUUUCUGAGUUGAUAAAAAAAGAAAUACAGCGAAAUUUCGAAACUCAAGUCGCUUCUUUGGAGGAUUCAGUAUUAAGUGCUGUACGAUCACAAGCAGCCACUCCAGCGCCAUCUUCUUUAUAUGAGUUACAAGAUCAAAUCAAGCAGCUUUUAACACAGAACCAAGUAAAUUCUGCAUUUAAUCAAGCUCUUUUAGCAAAUGAUCUUAGCUUGGUUGAAUAUACUCUUGAGAAGGCUGAUUAUAAAGCGGUUUUUACAUCGCAAGGAUGCUGUUUAGAACAAACGGUUUUACUUUCACUUAUUCAGCAAGUUUCAGCCGAUAUGAGCAAUCAUAACGAACUUAAACAAAAGUAUUUAGCUGAAGCAAUAUUAAAUUUAAAUUUAAGUGAUCCUAUUACAAAAGAACAUGCUCCAAAGGUGAUGAAAGAACUUUACAGAAACUGUCAAAAUUACUUAUCGACUAAUUCUAAAAGCCCCUUGUGCAGUAAUGUUCGUAUGAUUAUGAUGGCUGUUUUAGGAAUGGGUUACAAAUUUAAUUAA